GCCCGGCGGGAGACCAAACGCUAUCUCACUUCCAAAAUCGGCCAUUACUCAGUCUUAGCUCUAGUAUCUGUAGACAUCGGCUCCAUCUUCGCCGACCUUAUCCUUCAAUUGCUCACCUGCGAAGGCCGCAUUCCACCACGCGAUGGCGAACACGGCCAAGAAGUCCUCAGCAUCCUGAGCCUCGUUUUCUCGUGUCUAUUCAUGGUCGAGUUGUUGGCUAGUAUUUGGGCAUUCGGAUGGCAAUACUUUCAUUCCGCUUUCCACUGCUUCGAUGCUACCGUCAUCGUGGUUGGCUUCACCAUCGAUGUUGCACUCAAAGGCGUGCUCGAGGAAGUAGGCUCGCUAGUCGUAGUGUUGCGGUUAUGGCGUGUCUUCAAGAUCAUUGAGGAACUCAGUGCCGGCGCUGAGGAGCAAAUGGAACCCUUGCUCGAGCGCAUCGAGGAUUUAGAGAAACAGAAU